AUGAGGACACAUGACGUGUCCUUUGCGACGCGCCCCAUCAGCAGGAUCAAGCGGCUAACCCUUGUUGACGGCUCAGAGGGGCUCAUCUUCGCGCCCUACGGCAGCGCCUGGAGGCAGCUCCGCAAGAUUUGCACCGUGGAGCUACUCAGCACCCGACGCGUGCAGUCCUCGAGAGGCAUCGGCGAGCAGGAGGUCCAGCACCUCCUCCAGGCAGUGUCGACCACAACGGCAACACCGGGGGCUGCAGUGAACCUUAGCACUCUAUUGUCAUCGUAUGUCAAUGACUCGACGGUGCACACCAUCAUAGGGAGCCGGUUCAAGGACCGGGAGACAUUCCUUCGGCUAAUGGGAGAAGGUAUCGAGCUAUUCUCGAGGCCCGGCUUGCCGGACCUCUAUCCGUCAUCAAGGUUAGCCAUGCUCGUCAGCCGGAAGCCACAACUGGUGAAGCAACACAACCAAGCAAUGAUGGGUUUCAUGGAAACCAUCAUCCAAGAGCACCAAGCGCCAUUAGGAGCCACAACCGACAAGGAGGAGGACUUGGUUGAUGUGCUCUUGAGAAUCCAGAAAGAAGAUGACUCCUUGGAGUUCCCUCUCACCACUAGGGCUGCAAACGAGUCGAGUUCGAGCGAGUUGGACUAG